GAUGGAAUAAUAAAUACUUCUUUAAGCCAAAAUAGCUUUCUUUUUAGGAAAUUUCAAUAAAGUUUUAGAAAUAUGGUAAGUAAAUGAUUAUGAUGAUGAUUACUAUUACUUUUUAGUUUCAAGAGCAUUAAUUGCAGCAAGAGAAUUGAAUCCAAAAACUAUAAGAUUAACUAAGAAACCAUCUUCUAAAUUAUUAGAGAUAACUGAUAUUGUUAGUAGAUUUAUGGGUCCAUUAAUAGAAUAAUAGAAAUUAGAUACUACAAUAGAUGAAGAUAGAAAAUAAAUAGAAGAUGUAUUGAAAAAACUUAAAGAUAUUAUUCCUUAAUAAAAUUAGAAAAUUAUUUAAAUUAUAUGUGCAUAUAUGUCUGUGAAUUCUUGUGAAGCAUAAUAUGCACUUUAAUUAGAAUUACAAAAAGAUGCAUUUUAUUAAGAAUUAUUAUAUCUCUAAUUUAUUAUAUAUUUAAGAGGUAGAAGAUUUGAUUUAGCAGAAUCCACUUUAUUAGAUUUAAGAAGAUUUGAUGAUGAAGAUAUUUUGACAUAUCUUGCUUAAAUUUAUCUAAAUGUAUAUAUAUAUAUAUAUUUAUUUAUAGCUUUAUAAUGGAUAACCAGAAUAAGCAUUAAAAUCAAUUUAAGAAACAAAAGAUAGAUUUGGAGAUUCAGCUAAAUUAAUGAAUUUAAUGAUCACUUGUCUAAUCCAGUAUGUUAUUCUCAAAAUUAGCAUUUUAGUCAAAAUAAAUUUGAAGAAGCUUUUGAAUUAGGAUAAAAAGUGAAAACUAUGAUAAUUGAUAAUGAAUAAUUUUCAGACCGACAAGAAAUUGAAAUUUGUUUAUCCAAUUUAAUAAUUUUAAGUGAAAUGUUGAAUAAAUAAUAAUAAAAAGAAGAAUAUUUUUAAGUUUUAGAAUAAAUUAAUAAAUCCUGUCAUUUUUUAAAACGAUAUUAAGAAAAACUAAAAAAGAUUGAACAAUUAUCAUGA